AUGUCAGAAGAAGGGGAGCGAUUAGAUGCGCUACGGCGGAUCAGGGAAAAGAAUUGUGGUGGCUAUGAAGACAAGAAGCUUUUUGCCAUUCUGUACGAUCUGCUAGAGGACGAUAUCCUCUCGCCCGACCAAGCAGUGGAGAGGAUUGUUGGGGGGUUUUCACCACCAGCUUGCCUGUGGAGCUCAAUGAUCGAACACUUUGAUCCUCGUCAUUUAGGCCAAGAUUCAUUGGCGUUAAUGAUUGAAGCUCUGAGCCAGACAACAUGGAACGAGGAUCAUUACCAUGGUAAAGAGUUUCCCUCUUGGAAGGGACUUCCAUUGUUCGAGGAGUUCGUAACCUACCGCUGGACUGAACGUCUAGUGAAGUACAAGAACCUCUUCAAGGCGCACCGGGAGCUCCAGAGUGGCAGAUGCUAUGGGUCCAUCGAAAAAUGGGUGAAUUUCAAUUCCUUUGCUGCUAGGCUUUUAGGAAAGAAUCUUGUGAAAUGCUGGAAAUUUGCAGUCUGGGCAUUGCAAGAUGCUUUGGACAACAAAGCAAACGGUGAACAUUUGCUAGAGGAGCGAGUUCUUGUUGCCUGUGAAUGGAUCUUACAUGCGGGAAAUGCCCUGUUCCACAUGUUGAGCAAGGACAAGCAUCCAGAUGGCCUGGACCGCGAGACUUGGGCUUUCUGGAAGAGGCGAUUCUAUGAGACUUAUGACUCAGACCGUACGGCCGAAUUUGGCAGCAAGGCUCUUUCUGCAGCGAGGGGAAUGGAACUGAUUGAGGUGCGCGAAGAGAAUCGCGGUAAAAUGAGAAGAAAGAAGACCGACUGCUGA